CACGGAAGAUGGAUAGAUCGUCUUGCUCAUCUCGCCCUGACAAAUCUGGUUGAAAUCUAAGGCGUUCUGGAGAAUGGCUGCAAUAGCAGAGAACCUUGAAUCGUCUCUCCCAGUUCCAAGUGUUCAAGAACUUGUAUCCCAGCAACUUCACACUGUGCCACUUAGGUACAUAAGAGAUGAAAUCAUCUCCUCUUCCUCUCAUGAUGAUCACUCUCCUUCUGUGCCGUUGAUUGAUAUGGCCAAGCUAUUCCACCAUGAUUCCCAAGCUUCAGAGCUUCAGAAGCUUCACUCUGCUUGCAAAGACUGGGGUUUGUUUCUGUUAAUAAACCAUGGAGUUUCAGAUGCAACACUGGGAAACAUUAAGAAGCAAACUCAAGAAUUCUUCGAACUUCCCUUAGAAGAGAAGAAACUCUGGGCACAGAAACCAGGAACUCUUGAAGGCUAUGGCCAAGCAUUUGUAACCUCAGAAGAACAAAAGCUUGAUUGGAAUGACAUGAUCUUCCUCAAAGCUCUUCCCAUUCAAAACAGAAAAUUGGAAUUCUGGCCAGAAAAACCUCAAAAAUUCAGGGAAACCGUACAGAACUAUUCAGAAGAUAUCAGGCAGCUUGCAGUUUCUAUAACAAAAUUCAUGGCCAUGGGGCUUGGGCUUAAUGAUCAGGCUCAGGAAUUCUCUCAGGGUUUUCAAGAAGGAACAUAUGAUGUGAGGUUUAAUUGCUAUCCACCUUGUCCUCAACCUGAUCGAGUUAUAGGAAUGAUCCCACAUGCUGACAUGUCCGGGAUCACUCUCUUGCUUGAUGCCACCGACGUGCCAGGAUUACAGGUUCUAAAAGAUGGUCAAUGGAUCUUUGUUGAACCAAUUGAUGGUGCUAUUGUUGUAAACAUUGGCCAGAUUAUAGAGAUAAUGAGCAAUAGAAUAUACAAAGCACCAGAUCACAGAGCUGUGGUGAACAAAUUGAAGGAGAGGUUUUCUGUAGUUACGUUUUGUUAUCCCAACCCGUCUGUCAAAAUUGGUCCUGCUAGUGAACUUACCCAGUCGGGAAGUCCACCUCUUUACAAGACUGUUACACUGGCAGAGUAUUUUCAGAGCUUUUACAAUCGGAAGCUUGAAGUUUCAUUCAUUGAUUGCCUGAAAAUCUGAAGCCUAAUAGAAGAGUGCUUGCAAAAAUUUUAGGAUAAUAGGAGUUAUGGUGAAUUAAAAUGUGGCAAUAAAUGAUGUCUGGUGAAGGUAUGGGACGCACGGGCACCCCGAGUUGGUGAAGCCUUGAAGAUGUAGAGCUCUGAUCAAGAGAUCUCAAGGAGCCCUGGAAUUGCAGAGGAUUCCCUGACGUUUCUGUUGUUUCCAAUCCAUGAAAACAAAAGGUUUUUCCUUUCUAAAGAAUUAUUCAUAGGUUAUGACUGA